UUGUUGACUGUGUGCUGUGUGUCACGCGAUAGUACUGUGACACUGUUUUUUUUUUGUUGACUUCCAGUUCUCCUUUGACAAAGUGUUGAUUUAGGACGUGACAAAGUUAAACAUUUGAGCGGUAAUAAUACCUAGGUUAAUGGAGAUAGUUGAAGACUACUGGGACGUGCUUCAAUAGUUAAAGGUUUGAACUCAUACUAAUCAAGAAGAACCUAAGCCAUUAAGUUGGUCGAAAAUGGCUAACAACAGGGAUGCCAGUGAGAGCACCCCUCUAUUGGACUCAGGCUCUGUGAGCAGACCCAAACCACCCUCAGUUUUCCAGGGUAGAAGACUAGCAUGUGCAGCCAUCCUGCUGGCUGAGUCACUGGAAAGGAUUGCAUUCUACGGCAUCACAUCCAAUCUGGUCCUUUUUCUCAACAGUGACCCCUUUUACUGGCAGGGCACCCAGGCGAGUCAGGCGCCUCUGAUGUUCAUGGGAGUCACUUACCUGAUUUCUCCAUUUGGAGGCUGGCUGGCGGAUGCAUACCUUGGGAAAUUCUGGACAAUUGCUUCAAGUUUGAUCCUAUAUUUUCUUGGCAUGCUAUUUUUCCCUUUCAUUUCUAAUGAUAACACCAGGAUACAGCUAUGUGGUCCAGAGGGAGCGUUCCCUGUGCAACCUGCUGAGUGUCUGAACACAACCAAUGGCGUUACCAUUCCACCAAAUGUAACCUGCCCCAUUCGCUCCGCAUAUUGUGGCCCAGUAAUCUAUGGUGGACUUUUUUUAGUCGCUUUGGGCGUAGGUACUGUGAAGUCCAACAUCACACCCUUUGGGGCAGAUCAGGUCAAAGACAGAGGGCCAGAGGCCACACGCAGAUUCUUCAACUGGUUCUACUGGUGCAUCAACUUAGGAGCCAUCUUGUCCCUUGGAGGUGUGGCCUACAUCCAGCAAAACUUCAGCUUUGAGCUCGGCUACAUCAUCCCCACCGUGUGCCUCGGGGUUUCCUUCCUGGUCUUUCUCCUGGGCCGUACCGUCUUCAUCACCAAGCCUGCUGAUGGCAGUGCUUUCACAGAUAUGUUCAAAAUCCUGGGCUUUGCCUGCUGUUCAAAGAAACCAAAGGAGCCCAACCUUCUGCGCAACAAACCAACACUACUAGACAGUGCCAAAGUGACCUAUGGAGGAAAAUAUCCAGAAGAGAAAGUAGAAGAAGUGAAAGCCCUGGUGAAAAUCCUCCCAGUUUUCUUCGCCCUAAUCCCAUACUGGACUGUGUACUUCCAGAUGCAGACAACGUACAUCCUACAGAGUCUUCAUCUUAGGAUUCCUAAUAGUGCCUCGAAUGUAUCUGCUGACCCCCAACAGAUGACGUUCCGCUUCCCUGCCGCCUGGCUCACCAUGUUUGACGCAGUGCUCAUCCUCAUGCUGAUUCCCCUUAAGGACAAAGUGGUGGACCCCAUCCUGAAACGCCGCGGCCUGCUGCCCUCCUCUCUGAAGAGGAUCGCAGUGGGGAUGUUCUUUGUAAUGUGGUCGGCCGUGGCAGCGGGUAUUUUGGAGACCAAACGGCUGGAGAUUGUCAAAUCAAAUGGUACCAUUGACCAGGUGCUUGGCAAAGUUACAUACUACGCUGCAGAUUUACCCAUAUGGUGGCAAGUGCCUCAGUAUGUGCUGAUAGGAAUCAGCGAAAUCUUUGCCAGCAUUGCAGGUCUGGAGUUUGCAUAUUCUGCAGCCCCGAGGUCCAUGCAGAGUGCCAUCAUGGGGCUCUUCUUUUUCUUCUCUGGGAUUGGCUCUUUCGUGGGCUACGGUUUGCUGGCUAUUGUCUCUCUCAAGGAGAUUGGCUGGAUGUCAUCUCACAAAGACUUUGGUAACAUCAAUGACUGCUCUCUGCACUACUACUUUUUCCUCCUGGCAGGGAUCCAGGGCAUCACCUUGCUGGUCUUCCUCAUUGUCUCUUUCAAGUAUGACAAGCAGAGGGGCAAAGCUGGAAGCCAAAGGCAGAGGCACACCUCCUCUUGACCUACACAAACGUCCCCAUAUCCUCCUCACCGUACCUGCCUUUUCCAGUCUCAUCGCUCAGUGCCCAAAGACCCUGUGGAAGAGGUAUCUACUAAUCAAAUUCUGUAAAAUAUUGGUUUACUUCUUUCGGUCACAGAUUAUCUUGUCAUAUUUAUGUUUAUUUUAGCUUUUAAGUGGCGACUCUUUAUCCUGUUUUUAUAAUGGUUUUACAUAACUGGAUGAUUGCACAGGUGCCUCAGAAAGUAUAGAGAUGAAUUCAGAAGCCAUGUUUGAUUCAUUUCUACUCUACUCCUUUACUCCUGUGUGUUUACUCCCGUUGCCUUUCUUUGAUCAUUUGCACUUGAACUGAGGAGUGGUGCCAUAAAACAACAACAACAAAAAAAAAAAAAAAUAACUAGAUAUUUUUGAAUCAUGAAAAAUGCUCAGUUGUUUUUAUAGUUAGAUUACUACCUUUUGUUUUCUGACAAAAGUCUUAUUUUUGCUAACCAUUUUACUGGCACAGGUACAAUUACAUUAGUAUUUAAAUUCAGUGAUUUCUUGACUUCCAUCUGUAGUCUGAAAUUAAAUAUACUUGAGCAUUAUUUCUUGAUCAUGUUUCCCAAGAGAGCUUCAUAAACCUAUGCAGUCAUAUAAUUGUGAUCACAUUAAAUGGGGAUUUUGUUUUAACUCUGAGCGUAAUUUUAUGUUAAAGUGGUGCAGACUCGCAGAAGUCAUUGCAGAGACAGAAUAGGGCUUUUGUUUGAGGAGAAUCCAAAGGAAAUCACUAUUUGUCUAAUCUAUUAUUCAAAUCUAAUAUUGAGAGAAAAAAAUCCCCCACAUUUGUUACCACCGCCUGUGAUUACAUACUGUAAAUCCAAAUAAAUCCAUCCACAUAAAUCCACUAUAAAUCCUCAAACAGAACCCUACAUGAAUAAUGAUCUUAACUCCUCAUGCUAAAAAAAACUCCAUGACUCCAACGAAGCUUCAACGCAGUUUUUUAAUUUCUGGUCAAGCUGCAAAACCGCAUGACAAACAACUAAUUAGAAAUGAACCUUAAGCUAAGCAGGCAACUUUGAGCGUAGCUCUUAAAAUAUCCCCUGCAUUAACACUUGGAUCAUGAUUAAAAAAGGAGUGCAGACUUGAUAUAUAAAAAAAUAAAGAAUGUAACCUAUUCACAUUGACAUCUUCUUUCUAUUUGGAGCAAAAUACAGCACAGCUUUCACAGUAUUUGUUGUCAGCGACGUUUUACAGUGUUAUCGUGGCUUUGCAGCUUUGCCAGAAAAUCUUAAAAAAGAAGCUUCUGUUUUGUUGUAUUUAUUAGACUGUGAAGCAUUUGUUUUAGCUUUAUACUGUUAAGAAAGGUGUGUGUGUGUGUGUGUGUGUGUGUGUUUCUUCAGCUCUCAGAAUAGGUACAGCACAAGGCACUGAAUUUUAUUAAAACCAGAAAACUCUCAGGGCUCGAGGUAUAGUGCCGAGUGGCAUAACUCUCCAGGAAAUGUAAAAAAACUGCCUUUGGGAGCCUAGAACAGUGUUUACCCUGUGGUAUAAAUAAAGUUACAUUUGUAACAGCACAUAAAAAGCAUGAAGAGUAACUCACUGAUGGUAUGUGAUCCUUGUUAGAGUGAUUUUAGUUUGUGUUUAAUCGGUCGGAUAAAUGGCUGUUCCUUGUUUUAUUGCAUAUUUUAUAUAUACUUGCAUAGUCAGUUCAGUCCUCAUCAAAAAGAUUUAUUGUGUUCAUUUUGGAAUUAUAUUCUGUUUUAAUAAUGCUGCAGAACUGGAAUAUUGUUUUGUGGUUAUAUUUGUUGCCAUUAAAGUUUAUUAAAUUGA